AUGCGUCUCGGGAUUCCCGAGGGUACUUUCUGCGUGCGGACGCCUUUGCCGGAAGGACUUUGGCAAUCGCUCGACACCGCUGACCUGAACUGCAUCCCCGCCUGCCCUCUUGGACCUCCGUCACAAAUUACUGGUUCGGGUUUUUUCGAGUAUUUCCUACCCCUAGCCAGGGUAUUGGGGCAUAUCAUCGAUUUGCAUCAUUUCCGCAGUCACCCCACACUUGGAGAUUUUAUCACAAUUGAUGCUAUUCGUAGGAUUGAAGGCAUGAUUUCUCAUCGCGAGCGGGAACUCAUUGGAUUAGAGUCUCAAUCGCAGGAAUUGUUCUCUGCUGGUUCUACGAUGUCUGGUUUCAAUGAGCGAUCAAAUGGAAACUCGUCUGGCCGCAUAGACCCAUUUGGCUCUCCAAGAAACGGAAUUUACAAGGAUCCUAAACUUCAGCUGGUCAAAGUUUAUAGCACCUACUUGCUUCAUGUCUUUUAUAUUUUACUGCAUGGUAAAUGGGAUCCAAUCUCGAUGAUUGAAGAUAAGGACGAUUGGAUCACAUCUGAAAGCUUUUUGGCAUGCGCCUCUCAUGCCCUCAGUGCGACAGAAGUGAUCUCUCAGAUUCUCAUGCUUGAUCCAGAAAUGGUCUUUAUGCCUUAUCUUUUCGGCAUAUACCUGCUCCAAGGCAGCUUCAUCCUCCUCCUGUUCGUGGACCGUAUGCCGGAACUGGGACCUAACCGAUCGGUGGAAGAAGUUUGUGAGACCAUCAUUCGAGCCCACGAGGUAAGCGUGGUUACUCUGGAUACCACUUUUCAGGUAAGUGGUUUCUGGUCAAUUUGGAUGGACCGUUGA